AUGGAAAAGCCGACCAUGUACCUGGGAGGGGUAACAGAAGACAUCCAGAUGGAGCUGGAGAAUAAAUUUCAUUUCAAAACAGAUAAACUUCCGGUGCACUACUUGGGCUUACCACUAACCACCAAAAGUAUGAAUACUACUGAUUACCAGCCUCUCAUCGAGACAAUAAGAACGCGAAUAGGAUCCUGGAAAAACCAGUACUUAUCUUAUGCCGGUAGACUUGAGCUUCUUGGCUCAGUUAUAUGGAACAUCUCCAGUGUCUGGUUAUCAGCUUUUCGUCUACCGAAGGCGUGUAUUCGAGAAAUCGACAAGAUCUGUUCGGUCUUCCUAUGGUCAGGUAGUGAUCUUAACCCUCGGAAAGCAAAGUUGUGUUGGGAAGAGGUUUGUCGCCCUAGAGAAGAAGGUGGGCUUGGUCUCCGUUCAUUAAAAGAUAUGAACAAUGUUACCGUCCUAAAGCUCUUUGGAGUUCGAGGGCUGGCUCCGGAGUUCUGUAAAGUUGAAGUUUAUAAUGGGAAAGGGGCAUCUUUCUGGUACGACCAGUGGUCUCCUUUAGGCUGCUUGAUGGAUAUGUUGGGAACAAGGGGUCAGAUCUAUACGAGAAUACGACAACAUGAUACGGUGCAUACUGCGAGGACAAAACGUAGAAGAAGAGUCCACCGCUCAGCGGGUCUGAUUCAAAUUGAGAACCAGCUCCAGUCUUUAUCUCGUUCUGAAGAGGAGGAUGUUGUCCUUUGGAAAGGGAAACAAGAUAUUUACAAAGAUCAGUUUCUUACUUCAGAAACUUGGAAUCACAUCAGAACUAAAAAAGAAAAAGUCUCUUGGCACAGAGGAAUCUGGUUCACUCAUGCUACGCCAAAGCACAGGUUCUGUACUUGGCUAGCUAUUCGUAAUUGGCUCACUAUGGGAGAUAAGAUGGUCACCUGGAACGCUGGGAUUGAUGGAACAUGUGUUCUAUGUAUGCAGCAGCUGGAAACGAGAAACCAUCUAUUUUUCGGCUGCGAUUACUCCUCAUCACUAUGGUACAAGCUGAUGAAUGUUUUUAUGGGUAAUGGUUACUCAGAAGAGUGGAUUGAUGUCGUGCUCUUCAUACAGAAACCAAACCUGGAUCGAACCAGGAGCUUCCUUGUUCGUUACGUUUUUCAAUCUACAAUCUACAUGAUUUGGCAUGAGAGAAACUGCCGCAGGCAUGAUGAGAGGCCGCGAUCUCCUGAAGUUCUCUUUGCCAUGAUUGACAGACUGGUCAAGAACAGAAUUAUGUCCAUUAGAGCACAAGACAUGAGACUUGAUUGUGCUUUCCAACUUUGGAUUGGAGCUGUACAAGCUUGA